GCUGCUGCUGCUGCUGCUGCUGUAUCACCACCACAACAAAAAUUAUUAGCAUCAUCAUCAUCAUCAUCACCUAUGAACAGCAAUACUUCAUCCGCAUCCCCAUCUGCCCGGUCUUCUUCCUUGUCCAACAAUAGCAAUUACGUGCAACAACAGCAAACUAAAUCACCACCGUUACCUGAAAGAAGAAAACAGCAGCAGCAGCCUGUAGCACAGCAACAGCAACCAAGAAACGAGCCUGCAGAAACAGCAGCACCAUCACCAGAGCGACCGCAGUCAUCAUUAUUCAGUCGAUUCAUUAAAAAGAAACCUUUAACCCCUGACGUUCCACCGCCACCUCCCCCACGCCACGAAGAGACACCGAAACGGUCCAAAGUGCCUCCGCCAGUGCCACCACGACAAAUUUCGCCACAACUCUCUACUGGCACCAGCACAACAGGAACACCCCCUCCACCGCCACCAAGACGUGCUAUUCAACAGCAGCAGCAGCAACAACAAGAAAAGGAAAUGGAGGAGGAAGAAGAAGAAGAAGAUAGGGACGAAGAACAAGUUCAAGUACCCACUGUUGUGAUUGAAGAUGAAGCCACACGCGCAUUUGCAGCCGAUAUCAAAUUUAAUACCCCUCCAUCCACGUAUUCUAAACCAAGCUAUUAUGACGACAAUCCUGAACUGCUCGUAUCACUUACCAACGACGCCUUACGAUUUGACAAUGGACCAUCCAUGAUGCCUUCAGCAAGCACACCUACCGGCUACACCCACCAUCAUCAACGAUCUGCCACAGCAUCAGCAUCAUCAUCACCACUAACGCAUCAUGAUGAUAUGAAUGGAUUUAGCGCCUCUGCAGCGGCCGCUAGUAGCAAUAAUCCAUGGUCACUUACACCCAUGGAUUUCUCACGUAUGGCUUCUACUAGCUCGCCUCUCCUCAAGUCUGGUGGUGGCGGCAACAACAACAACAAUAGUGGCAAUAGCAACGGAAUGGCAAAUGGUCGACCCAAGGUGUCGGUAUCCGAGAUUGAACCCUCGAAACGCACGGCGUUUGCAGAUCUGAUCGAGAGCUGGAAUGGCGUCAAGCGAAAGAACACACCCAAGGAUCCGAUGGUGCAGGAUGAUCAGUUCUUCACGCGUGUAGCGGCCGAACAACGGGAUAUUGGAUUUGCUGGCAUCGAGGCUGCUGUGGAUACGGACGACGACGAGGAAGAAGAAGAAGAAGAAGAAAAAGAAGACUCUUAUCAUAAUCGUAGUAAAUACAACGGAAUGAUGAAUGGUAGCAGCAGUAGUGGCGAUGCUCAUAGAGAAGUAGAUUGGGAUAUCCAAGACAACGAUAACCCGUGGCGUUAGUUAGCCUCAAAACCCUAUUAUUCUUGUUUUUGUUCUUUCUUUUUGAUUCUCCCCUUUAUUCCCCUGAUUGUCACAAGUACAUAAAUAGAAUCCUUUUACUUUGGGG